UUUCAAAUCGGAGCAGAAUCGUCACUUCUGCUUGGAACUUCCAAGCAGGUUAGGUCUGAUAUUUUCAUUCAGAAAAAUGUUUAUUCAAAUUCGACCGAAGUUAUUGCUUAAUACAGUAACGAGAUACAGCAAGAAGAGAUAUAGCACCUCUGCUAUCAGCGAAGUGAAGGAUGAAGUCAAGGACGCAGCGAAACCGGUGUAUCUACCUAUCGAGGAGUCGGGCUUUAAAGCCCGUUCGAAGAGGAAGAAGCAAGCUUGGCACGAAAAGAUUAAGGGCUUGCAGACUGUGGAGGAGAAAUUGUUCGAGCUCAAUAUGCCGCGUUAUUACGGCUGGAAGUCGCUGUUCUUGAACGAACAUACGAUACCGUACAAUUCCCUGUCACAUGCACAGUACAUCACGCGGACGCACGUGAAAGAAUCCGGUCUUCCAGCGUACUACAACAAUGUCAUUUCCACUGAGCAGUUAGAUAAUAUUGUACAAGCAAUAAAAAGUGACGUGGAAGAUAAUAUAGUCUUUGAAUAUUGUGUCAGAAGAAGAGAACAUGAGAUUAAAACUAGUAAAUUUGAUGAAAAAAUUGGGAAUUUGGAAAGGAAUGAAAAAAUAAAUAACCAUAUAUGUCAAGCAGUCAUUCAAAAUAUUAAUAGAACAAUACUGAUACAUCUCUCUUCUACGUAUCCACAUUUAUUACAAACUGAAGUUGAUAUCGAGCCGAGAUUGGAAGCAGCUUGGUUUAGUGGUGGUAUAAAUCCUCCUGCCUUUAGGAAAAAUUAUAGAAGAAGAAUUAAAAUUCUGAGGGAUUCUAUUGAUGACCCAGUAGAUUUGCCUGUUCAAUAUGUGGGUCAGCCUGCCAUGCAUUUGAGAUAUAAGCAUCCUCUGAGAGAGAUUAUUUCCUUAAGUGAAUGUGAAAAUCCAGCUUUGGAUGUACCUACUUUUAAGUUGUGUCCAAUGGUACUGUCAUAUAAACUUGGUCGAAGACAUUUAACUAAUAUACCUGGAUUUUGGCCUGGUGAUGAAAAUGAAUUUGGACUCUUAUCUUAUCAUAGUUGUACAAGUUUGCAAAAAAGCCAGAGAUAUAAUGAUACAUCUGAAGUACUUACAGUACAGGCAAUAUUAGCAUCUUAUAGUUGGUUAUUGUCACAAGCUUGCUACCAAGGUUUUUCUACUUUUAAUGAUAUUACAUAUCCCUUAACCACUCAGACAGUUAUAACAAAUGGGCAACUGUGGUCGUUUUUUGUCUAUCAACUUAAUACUACAUUAGUACACUCUGAAUAUGCUGAUGAAAAUCCAAAGCGUAACGUAUGUUGGGUCACUGAACCAAUAAAAUUAUUCGAUAAGAUAGAAAAUGAAAAGGUUCAUGGUUUAAAUGAAGAAGUCCUCAAGACUUUGAUUAAGUUUUAUACAAAUAUUCCUGAGGAAAGGGUAGGUGUAAAUAUGAAACCGUAUUUAGGAGAAGUCAGGAAAUUAAUAGCCCAUACAUCAGGCAAUAAAAAAAGAAAUUGGCUUGAGAAAUAUUAUAAGCAUCUUGUGUGUAACAGACCAAGACACAGACGAAUACCACAAAUAUAUGAUUGGCAGAGGAUCUAUAUUCUGCGACAUAAAACUCGUCCGAUGGAUAAGAAACGAGAACCAUGGGAGUUUGGCGUCAAAAUGUUUACACGUAGGUUAGAUGAUCACAAGGCACCGUAUAUACCAAGAUGUUUACAGAAUCCUAAGAAGAGAAAGAUAGGACGAUGGAGAAAACGUACUAUCCAUAAUUGCAAAGAGAUAUUAUUGCUGUACUUAAAUAAAGCCAGCUGUACCUUAAACAAGGUCAUAAAACUUAAGAAAGCUUACAUACUCGAGUAAUUGGUGUUGAGUCGCAUUACUGAGAGAUCUAAUAUUGAUUGCGGCAGCAUCAGUCAUUGCUCCACCGAAUCCACAUGUUUGUUGAUACUUUUUAUUACUGUCCAAUGUGAGAACUACGCUACUACAGUUCUCUUUAUUAGAUUCAGUUUCGGUAGAGAAAGUGUUUAUGGAAAAUUCCAUCAUUUUACCACCCUUAACAGAUUUGUACGAAAGAUACUGAUCUUUUUGAAGUAGUGGCAUCUCCAUUGUGUCACAAUAUGUCGCAUUACAGACGCACACACUGCCAUCUCCAUACGAACGUUGUGCGCACCCAUCACCUACAAAAUAGAUAAAUUUUAAAUAUUUCGCUACUUAAGCUAUCUUGCAUAAAUUCUUAUCGAUAAGCAAUGAAAACCUUAAAAAAUAUCACAAAUUUUGUAAUGAUAUUGAGACUAUACUGUAUUAAGAAAAAGCAAUUUUAUUUUUGUCGUUAAAUUAAAUUCUGUUCUUUUAAUCAG